AAAUACAUUUCAUGUUUUUUCUAUAAGUUCUUUUUGUAUGACAUCAGUCAAUAGUUUUAUAUUACAGAUAUAUGCUAUCACUGGCCUUUAAUUUUAAAGUUUAAGGAUUAUAACUGAAAGGAAAUAUUCCAAAACAACCUUGGGACUGUAUAUUAUAGGAGAUAGGAAAAGGUUAAUUUUGUAAUAUAAAUGUAUUAAUCCAAAAAAAAUUUUUAAUUUGAUUUCUUUAACUUCUAGUUGCGACUUGUGAAUUUUAGAUCUAACUUCCUUAUUAGAACAAUGAAGAUGGUCAAAUAAGAUGUUCUACUUGUGCUAGUCACCUCCCACAAUUGUGAAAUCAAAUCAAAUACUGUAUAAGAUAUAAAUCAGGCCUGGUGCUAGGUAAACAAUAAAGUAGACAUAGUACCUACCUUUAAAGCAGUUACAGUAUGAUAUAGGAGACUGUCAUUAAACCAGUCAUUUGUAAACAGCCUACAUUCUAUGAGCUAAUUAUUAAGUAAAAGGUACAUUGACUAGUCUUGUUACUAGUCUUGGAUUAGGAAGUUGUACAGAUGAGGAAACUGAAGCUCAUAGUGGUUUAAUAAUCUUAUACGUGGUCUCACUGUUGGUAAAUGUUAGAUUCAUGUUUUGAACACAGGUUGGCCUACCUCCAAAAUCCUUGCUCUCUCUACCAUGCCAUUCUUUCUCUGAGAUACCUGCCUCAGGCAUACUGUGUUUCCAAACUCGAAUUGUUAUUUCUCAGGGGGCUUAGCAGUUCUCCCUCUGGCUAAAUGUGGAGCCAGUGAUCAGAUUCUUUUUUUAAAGUAACGAGAUUUCUAUAAAGCAAUAAACCUCUUCUAGGUUUUAUUUCUUGUGUACUAUAGAACUCCAGGAAUCCUAGAAGCUUCUUCAGGGGUAGGAAUCUUGUAGGUUCUGGGACUGAUAGGAAAUUGCGUGCUAUCUGUGGCUUCUCACUUAAAAAUAGCCUCAUAGUGCUCAUGGGGCAUUUUAGUAAUUCCAACAUUUCCAUCAGCCUCUACUCCCUAACCCCAAGACACUCAAGAUAAAGCUCGUAAUAAACAGCUUGCUUCCACUGCAGCCUCAGCCUACUCCCACAAACCUUUCCUGCAUAGAAAUCCUAGAGCCACCACUGAUAAUGCAUUUUAUAGGAAGAAAGCAAAUGAAGAGUUCCAUUGCUUUGAAAGUUUGAAAACCUUUAAAAGUUUGAAAACCAUCAUCCUAGUUGAUGGGACAUUCAGGGGAAAUAUUUCUAAAAUGAGAAAAUUUUCUAAUUCAUUAUGUCUCUUCAUCCCCUACUACCUUCAUUGACUCUCCCAAACAACUUUGUAAGCUGGGCAGGGAUUUUUGCUAUUCAAGUUUGUGGAGACAGUAUGAACUGAUAAACUGAAGCCCAGUACUUGCAACCUGAAAAAAGUCUAAAUGUCAUUGUUCUAUAUAUCAAAAGACAAUCUAUUGUAAAUACCUAGUUAAAUCUUGUAUUGUCAGAGAUUCCUAAGGAACUGAUAAUUUUUCCUUUCUGAAUCUUUUUCUAGUUAAUCUGGUAACCUGUUUUCCUUAGCCCUCUUAAAAGGCACUGUAUGCAUUUGAGAAGAGACCAUUUCAGGACCUGUCUCAUUUUGAAUAUGUAACAGGUUGUGCUUUUCUAGGAAUUAAAGUUAGUUGUAAAAUACUUUAUAGUUCUAGGUAUAUGAAGGUUGAUGCUUUAUUCUGAUUGUUGUAAAUUUUUGUAUUUACACAUUUUUCAGAGGGUUUCACUCGGUAGAACCUGAUUUAAUUCAAAUGUGAAGUAUUUGAUUCCCUCCACAACCCUUCUUUGUCUUCGGUUUUAGGUGAAUCACUAACCGAAAUAAAUUUUUGUCUUACAAAUUCCUCUCUGUUUUAAAAGCAGCUAAAGAGAGGCAUUUCAGGGGCUUACACUAGAAUGCUUUGCCAUUAUCAGUCUACUAUUCUUUCCUUUCUAGUUGCCUAAACACAGCUGAGUUCGUAAGAGGAGCAAAGAAAACAUGACAGUGCUGCCAAGUAGACAGGAAGCUGUAGUGGACCUAGCGAGCAGUGGAGGUUGAGCACACCCUCCGUCCAAUCAGCUGUGAGUGCUGUUGCUAUGUGCGCUCUUACUCUGCUGCCUUUGUGAAAAACCUUACACGGAGGGAAGCGAAAUCAGCACCCAACGCUGAACAUUUGUUUUAACUGCUGCAGACAUCUGGAUCCCUCAGUUACUGACAGUAUAGCUAUUGAUAGCCAGGAGGCAACUUCUUUUAUACAAGGAUUCCAGUAUGGUUUUCAGUGGAAACAAAGGGCUUCACAGAGAAGAUACUCUGGAUGAAUAUUUUGAAUAUGAUGCAGAGGAGUUCUUGGUCUCUUUGGCCUUGCUGAUAACAGAAGGACGAACACCUGAAUGUUCCGUAAAAGGUCGAACAGAAAGCUUUCAUUGCCCUCCAGCGCAAUCUUGUUAUCCAGUAACUACCAAACAUGAAUGUAGUGACAAGCUGGCCCAGUGCCGCCAAGCCAGACGAACUAGGUCUGAGGUCACAUCGUUGUGGAAGAAUAACCUUCCAAUCAUGGUGGAAGUGAUGCUACUCCCAGACUGCUGCUACAGCGAUGAUGGGCCCAGCACAGAAGGAAUUGAUCUAAAUGAUCCUGCAAUUAAGCAAGAUGCAUUAUUAUUAGAAAGAUGGAUCUUGGAGCCAGUUCCUCGACAGAAUGGUGACCGAUUUAUUGAAGAGAAGACGCUUCUGUUGGCUGUCCGCUCAUUUGUGUUUUUUUCUCAGUUAAGUGCAUGGCUGAGUGUUUCUCAUGGUGCUAUUCCACGAAAUAUUCUCUACAGAAUCAGUGCUGCUGACGUAGACCUACAAUGGAAUUUUUCACAGACUCCGACUGAGCAUGUGUUUCCUGUUCCCAAUGUUUCUCACAGUGUUGCCUUGAAAGUCAGUGUUCAGUCCUUGCCCAGACAAUCUAAUUAUCCAGUUUUGACCUGUAGUAUUCACGCUAAUAUUGGCCUUUAUGAGAAAAGAAUUCAACAACAUAAACUUAAAACCCAUCAGCACCAUCAUUCAAAUGAAGCAGAACAGUGUGGUACAAACAGUUCACAGCGUCUGUGUAGCAAACAAACUUGGACCAUGGCACCUGAAAGUGUAUUACAUGCAAAAAAUGGCCCAACUCCAGAAUAUACUGCAGCUGUCAAAAAUGUCAGACUAUAUCCAGGCACUGGCAUUAAAUCUGACCAUGGGACAUCUCAAGCCAAUAUUCUGGGCUUUAGUGGUCUAGGCGACAUAAAAUCACGUGAAACGUCAGUGAGAACUUUAAAAUCAUUUCCAGUGAUUGAUUCCAGUGUCUCUAACCGCCAGAGUUUCUGGCAGUCAGCUGGUGAGACUAAUCCUUUAAUAGACUGUUUAAUUCAGGAGCGGAAAGAAAUUAUUGCAAGAAUUGCCCAGCAUUUGAUUCAUUGUGAUCCAAGCACUUCACAUGUUUCUGGACAUCCAUUUAAUACUCAAGCGUCUAGUUCACUCCAUUCAAAAUUUUUCCGGGUUUCACAAGAAAAUGAGAAUGUGGGAAAAGGUAAAGAAACUUUCUCCAUGUCUUUUGGUAGUCCAGAGUUUACCUCCCCAGAAGACACCAAUGAGGGGAAAAUUCGACUAAAACCAGAAACUCGUCGAAGUGAAACUUGUAUUUCUAAUGGCUUUUAUUCUCAUCUGUCUGUUGGAGAGACUAAUCCUUUGAUAGGCUCUUUACUCCAGGAGCGGCAAGAUGUUAUUGCAAGGAUUGCUCAACACUUGGAGCACAUUGAUCCAGCAGCAUCACAUAUCCCCCGGCAGUCAUUCAACAUGCAUGACUCCAGUUCGGUUGCAUCUAAAGUGUUUAGGAGUUCAUAUGAAGACAAAAAUUUGUUGAAGAAAAAUAAGGAUGAGUCCUCUGUUUCCAUUUCUCACACAAAAUGUUCCUUGUUAGGAGACACCAGUGAUGGAAAAAACUUAAUACCUAAUAAAUCUUUUAGCGCCUUUAAAUACAAUAAUAAAGAAAAGUGUUCUUUGAAACCUCAAACAAGAAAUCAGUGUCAGAACAAUCCUAGUGAAAUCAUCCAAAAUACGUAUCAGGAGACACUGAACAAAAGUACUAGUUUAUUGACUUCCUCAAUUAUGUCUCAGUGCAAAGAAUAUAACUUAGAUUUGACAAGCAGAUUUAAGGAGCAAGAAAUGAGCAAUGGAAUUGAUAAACAGCAUUCGUACUGCAAUAGUAUUGAAAAACAGAUUUGUGUAAAUAAGUAUAAGGAAAAAUUAAUACAUGAGAACAAUCAUCUAAAAUCCUUUGACAAUCUUCAAUCUGAUGAUUCAAAAAAAAAUGACUCAAAAGUUACUAUGUUGGAAAUGUCUGAAUAUUUGAACAAACAUGAAAGCAUGUGCUCAAACAAAGACUCAAAAAGGCCUAAGACAUGUAAGCAAAAUACUAAACUUAAUAGCAUAGAGAAUUAUCUCAAUAAAGAUAAUGAAGGUUUCAAAUGUAAAAAGUCAGACCAAUUAAAAAAUGAACAGGAUAAGAAAGAAGAUCCAACUAAUGAAAAAUCCCAAAACUGUUCUCAGAGAAGUUUAAAAGACUGUUUGUCUACAUGUAAGCAACCGAAAAAUACAGAGGUAUUGAGGACUACACUGAAUCAUUCAAAUGUCUGGCGAAAACAUAAUUUUCAUUCCUUGGAUGGAACUUCAACCAGAGCCUUUCAUCCUCAAACUGGAUUGCCUCUUCUUUCAAGUCCUGUUCCUCAAAGAAAAACACAAUCUGGUUGCUUUGAUCUGGAUUCUUCAUUACUGCAUCUGAAAAACUUCUCAUCUAGAAGUCCUCGACCAUGUUUAAACAUUGAAGAUGAUCCAGAUAUUCAUGAAAAACCAUUUUUGAGUUCUAGUGCUCCACCUAUAACAAGUCUUUGUCUCCUAGGAAAUUUUGAGGAAUCUGUCUUGAACUAUCGUUUAGAUCCUCUCGGCAUUGUUGAUGGCUUUACUGCCGAGGUAGGGGCAAGUGGUGUUUUCUGCACCACGCAUUUGACUCUUCCAGUUGAAGUGUCAUUCUACAGUGUUUCAGAUGAUAAUGCUCCUUCUCCUUAUAUGGGUGUGAUAACUUUAGAGUCCCUUGGUAAAAGGGGUUAUCGAGUACCUCCUUCAGGAACAAUACAAGUGACCUUAUUUAAUCCUAAUAAGACUGUGGUGAAGAUGUUUGUUGUGAUAUAUGAUUUACGAGAUAUGCCAGCCAAUCAUCAGACAUUCCUACGACAAAGAACUUUUUCUGUACCUGUUAAACAAGAAAUGAAGAGAAGUGUUAAUAAGGAGAACAUCCGACACACAGAAGAACGGUUAUUACGCUACCUCAUACAUCUGAGGUUCCAGAGUUCUAAAUCUGGAAAGAUCUACCUCCAUAGAGAUGUACGGCUCCUGUUCUCUAGAAAGUCAAUGGAGGUUGAUAGCGGUGCUGCAUAUGAACUCAAAUCUUACACUGAAUCGCCAACAAACCCUCAGUUUUCACCAAGAUGUUGAUAAGGAGUGACGAUAUAAAGUAUUUACUCAGUACCCAAGUUUGCAAGUAAAAAUUAGCAUAGAAUGGAGUGUACCAAAUUAACAAUCAGGAGAGUAGGUCCUCUCCUGUUAUCCUGGACCAGUUUUUAUGAAAGGAUUCCUGAAAUGAAAUCCAUAUUUUCCAUGUAGACUGGAAAAACUUAUGUCCUAAUCCUUUUUGUACUGUCGAAACCACUUCAUUGGACGUGUUGCAAUAGCAAAAUCCCCAGUUAGAUUAGUGUUUACACAUUUUAUUUCUCAGUUAUUUAAUAUUUAAUGUUUUCCUUAAUACUCAAGUGAUGUUUGUCUCUAGUGUUCUGAUGUAGCACAAAUCCUGUGUAAAAUCAUACUAUGUAUUUUUGACAUUAAUGUUGAAAUCUGAAAUAUAUGCACAAGUCUUUAAUUUUGUGUGAUGUGUUUUAAGUGCUGUUCAUUUAAGUUAUUGAACAUGAGAAUGAAAUAUUGAGCUUCUUUAAAAUUAACGCACUAUGCAAGCAUGUGUACUUUUUAUAUCUCUCAAGUUUAGUUUUUAUAAAACCAUAUCCAGGUUGCUAUAUCACAUAGUAGCCCUUUAACAUACUGUAUUAGCAGUGCAAUGUGGAUUAAGCUGCUUCACAUUCCCUUUGCAAGUUCAGAUCAUCAUGCCCAUUCAUAGCCAGGAUUCCUUAUCCCCAAAACAGUUCUAUUUUUCCUUAAUCACUACUAUAGAGUCUUUACAUUAAAUUGCUGUCCUAUGUUAGAUAAUUUUCUCAGAUUGUUAAAAGAAUAUGUACUUUGGAAACAUUAGUAUUUAUAAUGUAAAUAUAUGCAAAAAAAA